UAUACACAUAUCCUAAAUCAUCCAUAUGCUCCAUGAUUAGGGUUCAAUUUGAACUCCAUUUUGUUCUGAGUGCUAAUGUCUGCUUCCACUGACCUUCCAUCAGUAUCACCGUCAAUAAAGCUCGAUUCAGAAUCGCGGAAAAUACUUGGACCGGCUGGAAACAGAGUUAAAGUUAAAGAAGAGGAGAAGGAGAAGGAGAGUUUGAAGAAGAAGGAUUUGGUGGAGAAAAAACCAAAGAGUUUCGUAAAAUUAGUGAAGAGAUCGCCACAAAUUGUUGUUAGGAAGAAUGAUGAAUCUGCAGACAGUUCGUGUUCUUCGAAAUCUUCUUCUUCCGAUGGUAGUUCUGUGAAAAUACCGAGCUUCAAAAAGAGGGAGAAACAUGAUCCCAACAGGUUGAAGUUGCAAGGAGGCGAAGCUCCCUUAACGACGUUGUCUAUUCCGUUUAAACGGUGCGAUUGGAUCACCCAAUUUUCAGAUCCACUUUAUGUUUCUUUCCAUGAUGAAGAAUGGGGGGUUCCAGUUCAUGAAGACGGGAAGCUGUUUGAACUACUAGUUUUGUCACAAGCAUCUGCAGAACUCACUUGGCCAGAAAUUCUUUAUAAGAGAGAUAAAUUCAGAAAGCUUUUUGAAAAUUUCAAUCCAUCAUCCAUUGCAAAGUUCCCCGAGGACAGGCUAUUGUCGGGCAGGCGAAAUGGUGGCCUGUUGCUAUCAGAACAAAAACUACGUGCUAUCGUGGGGAAUGCUGUUGCGCUGCUUAAGAUCCAGCAAGAGUUUGGGUCCUUCAGCAGCUACUGCUGGCGCUUCCUAAACCACACACCGAUAAAGAAUGGAUUUCGGUAUCGUCGUCAAAUACCAACUAAAACACCAAAGUCAGAAGCGAUGAGCAAAGAUAUGAUGCAAAGAGGGUUUCGUUGUGUGGGUCCUAUCGUCGUCUAUUCGUUCAUGCAAAUAUCUGGUAUGGUCAAUGAUCAUCUCAUAUCUUGUUUUAGAUACAUGGAAUGCAAUAGCAUUAAUGUCAUAAAAGAUCCAAAACAAGAAACCGAUGAUUUAGAUGAAUGAUUGAAGGGUUGAAAUGGUGUUUGGUAGUGUUGUGUGUGAUAUAAAUUUAAGAGUAAUUGAGAAUGUUGAUAUUAGAGAAAAUGGGUCAUGUGUGUUUAGAGGGGUUUUCUUGUGUAAUAAAAAGAAUAAAGGGUUUGUGGUG